AUGUCUUGAUGAUAAUAAUAAUGCUAUAUUACCUGAAAUAGUAGAGUCUCAAAUUGAAUCUGAUAAUGAGGAUGGAAAUGAUGAUAGUGAAAAAAGUUCUAAUUUUGAAUAUGAUAUUGCUAUAUCUAAUGAAGAGAAUAAUCAAAGCAAUCAAGAUACUGUUGUGUCUAGAAAUUUUAAUAGUAGUGAAGAUGCGAUUAAUAAAAGCAGUAAAAAGUCUUGUAAUGAAAUAGAGAAUGUGUAA